UUAUCAACAUCACGAAUUCGAUGGACGUGGCAGAUCCAACGGUGCUUAUCACUCGGUGCUAAUAAGCCCGGCACAAAGGCCCACUUAAAGAUGCAACGGCCUUGGCCCCUCCUAACUAUAAAUUCCCGGUUCUUUUCACUUGGAGACGUUCUCAUUCUCAGGGUUUUCACAAUCUUAGCUCAGAGAGAAGAGAGCGAAAACUAAAAGAAAUAGCCAUCAGAGGGGAGAGAAAAGAAGGAAAAUCAAUGAAAAGAGCACCACCCCAACUCCUCUUGAAUAGUUGUAGUGAGAGUGAAUAUGAAAGAGGAGAAAAGAAUGAGGGGAUGGCGAGGAAAUUAGUCAUCCAAGAAGAAUGUGGUGAUGACAUGGCAGAGAAAUUCCCGUGCUUGGUCCUCCACAAGCGUGAAACACCCAAACGAGAGUUGUUCUGUGAGAGAGAGAUUCUGUGGAGGCAAGAGCAGAAGAACAGAGCAGCAAGGCUAGAGAAGCAGCUGAAGACAAGGUGGGAACUUGAGGAUCUAAUUGAAGAACAACUGAACAGGUUCCGUGCCCAUUACAACCGAGCCAUGGUCCCUACCCGCCCCAAGGAUGUGGUCCAACUCCUCAUGCCCAACUGGGCUCCACCGCAGCAGCUGGCUUCCCUCACCUGGCUCGGCGACUGGCGGCCGUCCGCCAUGCUCGACCUUGUCCGUGGCCUCUCUGGCUCAUCAUUAUCAGACUCAAUGGCCGGGGGCAAUGAAGACCUCCUCUCUCAGCUUAGACAUGAUACGCGUAUUGAGGAGGCAAUACUGGAUGAGGAAAUGGCUGAGAUUCAAGCUACAUGCAUCCUACAUCUUCCCUUCACUCCAAUCAAAAAUCGCUCAGGUGGGUUUGGCUUGGGAUGUAUUCAGUCCGAGUUCAGGAAGAUUGAGCUUGUCAUCACCAAGGCCCAAAAUCUCAGGUUCAAGGCAUUGGAGUUGGUGGUAAAGAAGGUGUUGAGCCAAAAUGAUGCAGCUGAAUUCUUGGUCGCUUUUGAGGGAAUUCAAGAUGUGAUCCACCAGUUUGCAUCAACCCAAAGGCUCCGAAUGGGUCCAGCCACUUUAUCCGUCAAGGCCUUGGGGCAUGGUUGAGAACAAAGAAAUGGUGGCGCAGGAUAAUAUGUUGUUACAAACUCCUGUUUGUGAAAAUUGUAUAGAUAAUGAACAAUUUUGUGCUUUCA